AAAACCUUCUCUUUGCCUAGAACCUCCCCUCUCUAUAUACAGUAGCAUACAGCCAUUGUCAAAAUUCUCUCUCUAAAAACACUGAAAUUUGCCGAAAUAUUGGCCGUUGCGUAACAAGACGCACAGAUUCAGAGCAUUCAAACGGAACAGAAAAGCGGAGCAGAGAAUUCAAUUCAUAAUUGUGUAAACAGAGAGUUUUGGUUGAAGAUGCCGCCGGCAGCUGGCGCCGUAGCGCAGUCGAACCGGGUGCCGUUGGUGCCGAAUGUGAUGGCGUCGGUAGUGCAGCCGCCUCCGGCGAUGGUGUCGGAUUCCUUCGCGAAGGACGCCGUGAUUGCUUGGUUCAGGGGGGAGUUCGCGGCGGCGAACGCCAUCAUCGACGCGCUGUGCAACCACUUGACGCAGCUGGAAGGAGGCGGAGGAGGAUCGGAGUACGAAUCGGUGUUCGCCGCCAUCCACCACCGGAGGCUCAAUUGGAUCCCGAUUCUCCAGAUGCAGAAGUACUACUCCAUUGCCGAUGUCGCGCUCGAGCUCCGCAAAGCUGCCGCCAAAAAAGCCGACGAGCGCGAGGCUGCUGCCGCCGCGGCCGCGGCCGCGGCCAUGGCCGAUGCGAAACAGAGCGCCGCCGUUAUGAACGUUAAGAUUUCCCAUGCUUCUCGGGAGGAGCCUGUUGAGAACAGCGAAAAUGGUGGAGGUGAGGUUGUUUAUGAAGAUUCGAUCAGAGACGAUUCACAUGGUUCUCCUGAAAGUGAGAUCACCGAUUCAGGAUCUCAAGAUGUGCAGCCUAUCUCAGAGCACUUUGAGUUCUGUUCUAGCCAUGAAAACUGUGAGGCACGCCGUUCCCAGUUCAAGAUGACAAAGGGGUUCAUGGGUAGGGAGCCAGUGAAAGGGCAUAUGGUGAAUGUUGUUAGAGGUCUAAAGUUGUAUGAAGACAUUUUCACUCCAAUUGAACUUUCUAAGUUAAGUGACUUUGUGAAUGAACUCAGAGUCGCUGGUCAAAAUGGAGAACUCUCAGGUGAAACUUUCAUUUUGUACAACCAGCAAAUUAAGGGCAACAAAAGAGAGUUGAUUCAACUUGGAACCCCUAUUUUCGGCAAUGUAAAAGAGGAUCUUGCAUGUCAAAAGAGCAGUAAUGAGCCCAUUCCAGCCAUCCUCGAAGUCGUCAUUGAUCACCUGAUUCAGUGGCAUUUAAUCUCAGAAAACCGAAGACCAAAUGGCUGUAUCAUCAACUUCUUUGAUGAGGGGGAAUAUUCACAACCUUUUCUGAAACCACCUCAUUUGGAACAGCCUGUCUCUACCCUUCUCCUCUCUGAAUCAACAAUGGCUUUUGGCAGAACUCUUGCAUGUGACAGUGAUGGGAACUACAGAGGCUCUCUCAUACUCUCUCUUAAGGAAGGGUCCCUUUUAGUAAUGAGGGGAAACAGUGCUGACAUGGCAAGACAUGCGAUGUGCUCAUCUCCCAACACAAGAGUGAGCAUAACAUUCUUCAAAAUCAGGGCAUGUGUGGAGAACACCAAUUCCCCUGCAGAAGUUCCCCCAUUGACCAGAGCCAUGACACUAUGGCAACCUGGGAUUCCCUCACCAUAUGCACCACCUCCAAAUGGCACCCCAGACUACAGAACAAUGGACAUUAUCCCCAGGACCGUCAUCCGCCCUCCGGUGGUCAUGUUGGCUCCCGUUCACCCGGUGGUUCUCACCCCCCGAAAGAUCCCUCGAGGCGGCACUGGCGUGUUCUUGCCGUGGACCGUUCGAUCCAGGAAGCACGUUAAACAUCUCCCUCCCCGUGCCCAAAAACGCCGCUUUCUGGCACUGCCUUCCCCAGAUGAAACACAAGAAGCAGACACCACCUCUGAAACCGGUGUUGCCAAAGACGCAUGAAUCAUCAUUAUCAUCAUCAUCAUCAAUCAUCGUCAGUUCUUUCAUUUCUCACACUUCUUUGGGCUUUUACAGAUAUGAUGGUUGCUAUUCAAUUCCCUGCCAUUCAUAGUGCCUUAGGAGAGUAUUAGUAGUUGAGUUUUAUUUUAUUUUUAAAAGUUUUAAUCUUUCUAUAUCAACGCAAGGAAAAAAAAAAAAAAAGAAAUCUUGGUUGAGUAAUUAUUACAAGCAUUUUCUUUUUGUUUGUUUUUUUUUUUGAAAUUAUCAUGGAUUCGACAAAAGUGUUUGUACAUUAAAAUGCAGAGAAUAUCAUGUCUUGAGUACAA